GUUUACAUAGGUGGAAACUCCGGGUUUUUCUUUACGUGUCCCAUUUUCCAUUAUUCCCAUCAAGAGAGUGAAAGAGUGAAGAGAAAGAAAAUGUCGAAAUCUCCAGAAGAAGAGCACCCUCAAAAGGCUCUUGGUUGGGCUGCCAGAGAUAGCUCUGGUGUCCUUUCUCCGUUCCCAUUCUCCAGAAGAGAAAACAGCAAUGAAGAUGUCACUAUCAAAAUCCUUUACUGUGGAGUUUGUCAUUCUGACUUGCAUUCUUGCAAAAACGACUGGGGUGUCUCCACUUACCCUCUCGUUCCUGGGCAUGAAAUUGUUGGUGUUGUGACAAAAGUUGGGAAGGCAGUGACAAAAUUCAAAGUGGACGACAAGGUUGGUGUCGGCGUCAUGGUGAGCUCCUGCAAGAAUUGCAACUGUUGCAAGGAGGACUUGGAGAAUUACUGUCCUAAGAUGAUAUUUACCUAUAACUCAAUUAACCAUGAUGGAACAAAAACUUAUGGAGGUUAUUCUGAUAUGAUCGUAGUUGAUCAGCACUAUGUUCUCCACUUUCCUGACAACCUGCCCCUUGAUGCGGGUGCUCCACUGUUGUGUGCGGGGAUCACAGUUUACAGCCCGAUGAAGUAUUAUGGAAUGACUGAGGCUGGCAAGCAUUUAGGUGUAGCAGGGCUUGGUGGGCUUGGUCAUGUUGCCGUGAAAAUUGGUAAGGCCAUGGGGUUGAAAGUCACUGUCAUCAGCACUUCCCCAAAGAAGGAGAGCGAAGCAAUCAAUAGACUUGGUGCUGAUUCAUUCCUUGUUAGCACUGAUCCUGCAAAGCUUAAGGCAGCCAUGGGCACCAUGGAUUACAUAAUUGACACUGUGUCUGCAGUUCAUUCCCUGCUUCCGCUACUCAGUCUUUUGAAGGUGAACGGAAAACUGAUCACUCUGGGCUUGCCUGAGAAGCCUCUAGAGCUGCCUAUUUUUCCUUUAGUGUUGGGGAGGAGGCUUGUUGGAGGAAGUGACGUAGGAGGGAUCAAGGAGACGCAGGAAAUGCUUGAGUUUUGUGCCAAGCACAAUAUUGUUGCAGACAUUGAGUUGAUCAAGAUGGAACAAAUCAACACAGCCAUGGAGAGGCUUGCAAAAUCUGAUGUCAGGUAUCGGUUUGUGAUUGAUGUGAGCAACUCCAAGCUGUAGGUUAGCUUCAGUGUUAGGAUUUACUACAUGUUACAUAUGGAAGUGGAUGAACGGGAAAGAUAAUUUGUGUCUUGGACUUCCGUUGGCCCUCCUGUUUGGUUCAAUUGAGAAUGUUAUUGUUAUCUAGUUGCUUUCAUGUUUGAAAGUUUCACCUUGCGUGAGUAAUAUGGCUUGGUUUGUUAAA